AUGAGCCAGCCGCGGCCGGACGAGUUCAAGCCUCCCCGGGAGUGCCCGGUCUUCGAGCCCAGCUGGGAAGAAUUUGGAGAUCCUUUUGCUUUCAUCAAUAAGAUCCGUCCCAUCGCCGAAAAAACAGGCAUUUGCAAAGUCCGGCCACCUCCGGGCUGGCAGCCUCCAUUUGCUUGUGAUGUUGACAAACUUCACUUUGUUCCUCGCAUCCAGAGGCUCAAUGAACUGGAGGCACAGACCAGAGUCAAGCUCAUCUUGGACCAGAUUGCCAAAUUUUGGGAUUCAGGAUGUUCCCUGAAGAUUCCUCAUGUUGAGAGGAAGAUUUUGGAUUUAUAUAAGCUAAACAAGCUUGUAGCAGAUGAGGGUGGAUUUGACAUUGUCUGUCAGGACAGGCGAUGGACCAAGAUUGCACUACAAAUGGGCUUCGCUCCUGGCAAAGCUGUUGGCUCACACCUGCGAGCGCAUUAUGAGAAAAUCCUCUAUCCCUACAAUCUCUUUCAGAGCGGAGCAAACCUGCUGGCACCAGAGCCAGCUUCCAAACUGAUGCGUUUGGAGGCUGAUCCUGAACUUGAAAAGUGUGUUCAGAAACCAGCCCAGCCAGUACUGAGUCCAGGGGAGAAUCCAGACACCAAAGAGCACAAGCUCCAAGACCAGGGUCUGAGGCAGCCUGUCCAGAUGCCUGAGACCUGCCCCUCUGCUCGCAGAGCCAAACGCAUGAAGGCUGAGGCUGUCUUUGUGAAGACUGAACCUGGUGAAGUAGGGGACAACAAGCCGAACCUGAGGCGAAGGAUGGGCUUUGUUGCCAAACCGGAACCAGAAAAAGAGAUUCCCAUUCCAGUGAAACAGGAACCAGUCGAAACCAAGGAACCAGUUAAAGAUGUUUCCCACAAGUCACGUUACAAGAAGAUCCUCCCUCCACUACUUCCAAGCCCAGUGGACCUGGUCGUGUGUCUGGUUUGUGGCAGUGGGGGAGAUGAGGACCGUCUGUUGCUGUGUGACGGCUGUGACGACAGCUACCACACCUUCUGCCUGAUCCCUCCACUGCACGACGUACCCAGAGGAGACUGGAGGUGUCCCAAGUGUCUGGCUCAGGAAUGCAACAAACCUCAUGAGGCAUUCGGCUUUGAGCAGGCUUACAGAGACUAUUCCUUGCGGGCAUUUGGACAAAUGGCUGAUGCGUUCAAAUCCGACUACUUCAACAUGCCAGUUCAUAUGGUUCCCACGGAGCUGGUGGAGAAAGAGUUCUGGCGUUUGGUGGGAGCCAUCGAGGAGGACGUUACUGUUGAAUAUGGGGCGGAUAUCGCCUCAAAGGAGUUUGGGAGUGGAUUCCCCAUUCCCAAUGGGAAGUUUAAAGUUUCCCCAGCUGAUGAGAAAUAUCUGAAGUGCGGCUGGAACCUCAACAACCUGGCAAUGAUGAACCCGUCUGUGCUGACUCAUGUGACAGCUGAUAUCUGUGGGAUGACGUUGCCGUGGCUUUAUGUUGGCAUGUGCUUCUCCUCCUUCUGUUGGCACAUUGAAGAUCACUGGAGCUACUCCAUUAACUACCUGCACUGGGGGGAGCCCAAAACCUGGUACGGCGCUCCCGGUUUUGCGGCAGAGCAGCUGGAAGAGGUGAUGAAGAAACUCGCUCCAGAACUGUUCGAGUCCCAGCCCGACCUGCUCCACCAGCUCGUCACCAUCAUGAACCCCAACACCCUCAUGGCCCACGGAGUCCCAAUUUACAGAACAAACCAGUGUGCUGGAGAGUUUGUCAUCACUUUUCCUAGAGCUUACCACAGCGGCUUCAACCAGGGCUUUAACUUCGCAGAGGCAGUUAACUUCUGCACUGUGGACUGGAUGCCUCUCGGCAGGCAGUGCGUCGACCACUAUCGUUUGCUGCAUCGGUACAAUGUGUUCUCCCACGAUGAGAUGGUGUGCAACAUGGCCUCAAAAGCAAAAACACUCGAUGUGGUCCUGGCAUCAGCGGUCCACAAGGACAUGGUCAUCAUGAUCAAAGAGGAGAAGGAGAUGAGAGAGAAAGUCAGAAAAAUGGGAGUGUUACAGUGCAAGGAGGCACAAUACGAUCAUCUCCAGGAUGAUGAGCGGCAGUGUACAAAGUGUAGGACCACCUGCUACCUGUCCGCUGUCACAUGUCCCUGCAGCCCUGGAACUCUGGUCUGUCUGCACCACAUUGCCAACCUCUGCAACUGCCAUGUCAGCAACUACACACUGAAUUACAGAUACACACUGGACGACCUGUUUCCCAUGAUGAAUGCUGUGAAGCAGCGAGCUGAGCUGUAUGAUGAAUGGGCUUCCCUCGUGACAGAGACUCUGGAGGCUAAACUGGAAAAGAAGAAAGGCCUGCCAGUGUUUCGCAACCUUCUCACUGAAUCAGAAUCCAAGAUGUUCCCCGACAACGAUCUGCUGCGUCGACUACGUCUGGUCACGCAGGAUGCGGAGAAGUGUUCCACGGUGGCACAGCAGCUGUUGAAUGGAAAGAGGCAGACCAGGUAUCGCUGUGGAAGUGGGAAAUCACGAAGCCAGCUGACUGUGGAGGAGCUGCGUUCAUUUGUGCGGCAGCUGUAUAAUCUCUCCUGCAGUCUCCCUCAAGCUCCCAUGUUGAAGGAACUCUUGAAUCGGAUUGAAGACUUUCAGCAGCAUAGUGAGAAGGUCCUGGCAGAUGAACUUCCUAGUGUCGCUGAGAUCCAGAGCCUGUUAGAUGUGAGCUUUGACUUCGACGUGGAGCUCCCUGAGCUGCCACGCCUCAGAGUGAGGCUGGAACAGGCCCGUUGGCUGGAGGCAGUGCAGCAGGCCAGCAGCCAGCCCGCCACCCUGACUCUGGAGACCAUGAGGAGACUCAUCGACCAGGGAGUAGGUCUGACCCCACAUCCGUCUGUAGAGAAAGCCAUGGCUCGGCUUCAGGAGCUGCUCACUAUGUCUGAGCACUGGGAGGACAAGGCAAGCAGCCUCCUUAAAGCCAGACCUCCACACUCCAUAGAGACUCUAAGUACAGCUGCUGAGAAGACAUCUGGCAUCCCUGCUCACCUCCCAAACUGUCUCCUCCUGAAAGACACGAUCAGAAAAGCCAGAGAGUGGCUUCAGGAAGCAGAAGAGCUCCAGACUAGUGCUUGCAUCCCGAUAGCGGAUCACCUGUCAGACAUGGUGCUCAGAGGACAAGCCAUUCAAGUCCACCUGGAGCCCUUAGACAGGCUGGAGACUUUAGUGGUAGAAGUGCAGGAAUGGAAAGAAUCGGCAGCUACAGUAUUCCAUCAGAAAGACUCAUCCCUUUCUUUACUGGAGAUACUUUGUCCAAGAUGUGAAAUUGGAAAUAUAGGAUCUCCAAAGAGGAAGGCCAAAAAAGCGAAAGAAUCACCCAAAACUAACAAAAAGAAAACGAGACUCAACAAUCUUGGUGAUGUGGAGAAAGCGCUUUCAGAGACCACUGAUUCUACCUCUGCAAUGGCGACUCUGGAGGAGCUACGGGUAAGGGAGAUGGAGGCUUUCUCCAACCUCAGGGCAGCAAACGAGUCAAAGCUCCUCCCCACUGCAGACUGCAUGGACCUGAAGGUGUGCGUUUGCCAGAAGGCUCCUAUGGGUGCAAUGCUGCAGUGUGAACUCUGCCGGGACGCCUUCCACAGUGUGUGCGUCAGAGACCCUUCGGACCCCUGCGAAGCUCAGCCGUGGCUCUGUCCGCAGUGCCAGCGAUCAGACAAACCUCCCCUGAACAAAGUCCUCCCCUUGCUGGCGUCUCUGCAGAGCAUCGGCGUGCGCCUGCCAGAGGGUGAAGCACUGCACUAUCUAGUGGAGAGGACGGUUGACUGGCAGCAGCGCGCUCAGCAGAUUUCACAGUCAUGUAAGGUACCGGAACUGGAAGACAGACCAGGAACUCCUCCCACACUGACCCGCUGGGCAACAGGCAGCCAUGAGUCCCUCAACAACACUCAGGCUCCAUGUUUGACUCCAGAAUGGAAUAGGACCAGCCAUGCUCAGACGGUGUUCUACACUGAGCAGAGAUGCAUACCUCUGCAGGGUUUGAGCCAAGAAAUGGAGGAGCUCAUGGUGGAGGGGCUUCUGCUGCAGGUUUCAGUGCCAGAAGUGCAGAGUCUCUACCAUGUUUUACUCGACCGAGCCACCAACCAGCACACAAACACAUGCAUGUCGCCACCACAGGACGAUUCAGCAGACUGUGACAAACACAUGCAGUUCACUUCUCAGGAAAAACAUCUGCCAUCAAACCAGGAUUGUGUCAACAGCUCAGAGAAGAAAGCAAAGCGACUUCUGGAGAGGGAAAAUUUGGAGACAGAGUGCAGGGGGAACGACAAAAAGCACUCGUACAAAAGACAAAAGAUGAAUAAAAAGCCCCUGCAGCGCAGGCCGGCCUCGACCUCCUCCUCUCCUCGCUCUGAUUUCUCACAGUCUGAUAACUCAGAUGAGGAAAUGGCCGUGUGUCCAGCAGAGAGGUGUCAGAUGCCAGAGGGAGACGAGGUGGAUUGGGUCCAGUGCGACGGCAGCUGUAAUCAGUGGUUUCACCAGGUCUGCGUGGGCGUCACGGCUGAGAUGGCAGAGAAGGAGGACUACAUUUGUGUCAGGUGCACACUAAGCGAUGGACGUGUCAGAAAAUGAAGAGAAACAUUUUUUUCUUUUGAAGGAUGGUAAAAGUCGCCUGUCAUGAAGCCACCAUUCUGGAUGUGUCACUGAUCCUGUACCCCCCCCACCCCCACCCCACCCCCCUUUCCUCCCAACCCUGUCCCAUCUGUCCAACACUUUUGUAACAACGGUGCUAUCUCCUCUUUGACUUGUUGUCCAGAACUAUAAUGUUUGUUAAGUUUAGGUUUUUUUUUUUGUAUUUUUACAUAUAUAAAUAUAUAUAUAUAAACACACAUAUAUAUAUAUAUAUUAUAUAUAUUUCUUUCUUCUUAUGAAUUGUUUGUGGUUGUCUAAAUGAUAAAAAAAAAACAGGAUGUGACGUGUGCUGCAUGGGAUUCCAUUACAUUGGUGGAAAGGAGUCUUACAACAUGAUGCACCCAGUACAGAGGGUUAAUCUAAAAGGGUUAUUAUUAUCUUCUCUGGAACCUCCUUGCAUGUUAAACCUGAGCUAAUGGCACAGAUGUCAAGGUUUUCAUAUUCUGUGCCACCUCCCCGCCCCCAAAAAAAUGACUAUUACAAGUUUUUUCUUUGAAAUCCAGUGUUUAGUACAUGCAUCUUAAUAUAAUUAUUCCCAUUUUUGUAGAAUAGGUUAUUUAUCUGAGCAAUAAUUUUUGUCUGAGUUAUGACUUAAAUGGCUUGAUCUCUGCUGAGUUGUGUUGGUGCUUUAGCAACGGUGUGAUGUACAGAAGUCUACGCAGAUCGACGGCUCACGGCUGUGGAGUAGCCAUGUGACAGGCUGAAGGAAAGGAAAAGAUGCUGCUGACGUGUUCGGCCCCAGCAUGUAGCCUGGCUUAGGGUACUUUAGACAGGACUUGGGGUAGCUGAAGAUGUUACAAGUUUAUAUUGUGGAAUAAAGCCCUUUUGUUCUAUGAA